AUGACACUAGCCUCGACUAAACCGGAGAAACAGAAAGAACAAGGAGCGGAUAAUGAGGACGAAUACAAUGUCCCGAGAUCUUUCAUACCACCUGAUGACACCGAUGCCACCAAAUCAACGAUCGAGGAGUUGAAGCAGGUUAUAUUAGUCGAGCAUCGAUCGGAUCAAAAGUCCCAUCUAGACAUGAUAGGGAUCCCACCAGAGGUAACCACUCACAAGUUGAUUUUGGAUCCGAAGUUCCAUCUGGUCAAGCAGAAGAGAAGGCCACAGUCCGAGGUCAAACAUGCGUUCAUCAAGGAUGAAGUAUCCAAACUUCUAAAAAUAGGCUAUAGGUUAGAUUGGUGCAUGACUCGAUCUUCUGGAAAAGAAGUGCAACCAUACGAACCUAAAAUUGAGAAACACUUGGGACAGUUGAGGAAGGAUAAAAAUCUCCCCGAUAAUACAGAGAAGGUUGGCCAAUCCUCAACAAACGAAAAUAUGACUGGAGAUGAUGAUAAUGUUGAUUUGGCUACAAUGGAGGCAGCCCCCCCAGAGAGAAAGCUGCAAGGGAUGUUGAAGAAGCAGCACUUAGAGAUGCAUAAAUUGCCUACGGAGAGGGCUCAAAGAAUGGCUCAGAAUCAUCCUUUGGGUGCAUACCAGUUCGGAAACAUAGCUCCCGACCAAGGGAGACCACUUGGCGAUUAUGCCAGACCGAUAGACAGUGGUUAUGCUGAAGGAAGCAUUAGAAUCUGGGAUUCCGAGAAAGGGAUAUGUGAAACCAUACUGAAUGGGCAUAAAGGGACUGUGACGGCCCUUCGAUACAGUAAGCUUGGAUCAUUACUAGCAUCUGGAAGCAAAGAUAAUGACAUUAUUUUAUGGGAUGUCGUGGGUGAGACUGGCCUGUUUCGCCUUCAGGGACAUUAUGAUCAGGUUACUGAUCUUGUUUUCGUAGAUUCUGGCAAGAAACUGGUAACAGCUUCUAAGGACAAAUUUUUAAGGGUACGGGAUCUUGAUACUCAACAUUGCAUGCAGAUUAUAGGUAGCCAUCAUACUGAAAUUUGGUCCAUAGAUAUUGAUCCUGAGGAAAGAUAUCUAGUCACUGGUUUUGCUGACCCCGAGCUUCGCUUCUACACUAUAAAGCUUGAUUUAGCUGAUGGACAAUUGAUUGCUAACGAAAGUGAAACAAGUGCAAAUAAGGACUUGCCUACUGAAAACAAAUGGGAAAUACUCAAGCCAUUUGGUAAACUUCAACGCCAAAGCAAGGAUAGAGUUGCAACAGUGAGGUAUAACAAGUUUGGAAACCUACUGGCUUGUCAAGUUGCAGGGAAGAUGGUGAAAAUAUUCUGUGUGCUGGACGAAUUUGAAUCUAAACGCAAAUCGAAAAGAAGAGUCAGUAGAAAGAAGCAAAAGAAAGCUGCAAAAGAAGGCCUUGAGGCAACGGAAAAAGGAGAGGCAGAUAUUGGAGGCAGCAAUCCUGUUGUUACAGUUCUGGAUAUCUUCAAGCUUCAUCUAGAUGCAACUCCAAGACUUUUGGGAUGGUUUGACACCGGCCUCAUGCAGAACAUUGAACAAUGCAGCAGGAGGCCCGUUGAUGAAAUAGACUCUAGAGGAGAUAGUCACAAUUCUAGAUGA